AGUGCAGGUUUUAACACCACAAACACGGACAUGGAGACUCUGACGCUGAAGAAUGUUAGUCUAGAUGAUGCUGGAGAGUACACUUGUCUGGCUGGGAAUUCCAUUGGCGUGUCGCACCAUUCUGCAUGGCUGACUGUUGUUGACGAUCUGCCCCCGUCUCCGGUACCUUCUCAAACAUACUGGGAAAUCUUUAUCUACUGCCUUGGAUUUUUCAUCGUUGUCAUCCUCACUGCCUCAGCGGCCAUCUGCAGACUCUGCUGUGCCCCAAAAAAGACAGACUUCAGCAGCCCAGUGGCUGUUCAAACACUAACUAAGAGCACUCCACUGAAAAGACAGGUUUUGGUUGAGUCCUCAUCCUGCCUUCAGUCAGGGACGUGUUUGGUGCGUAAGUCCUGCGGGUCUAGUGGCGCCACCGUGGCCUUGGCAGGUGUGUCAGAAUGUGAACUCCCCUGUGAUCCUCUCUGGGAGCUGCCUCGGGACAGGCUGACGUUGGGGAAACCUCUGGGUGAAGGCUGUUUUGGUCAGGUGGUGCUGGCUGAGGCUGUGGGGAUUGACAGAAGCAAACCCAGCAGUCUGACCAAGGUGGCUGUUAAGAUGCUGAAAGCUGACGCUACAGAGAAGGACCUGUCUGACCUGAUCUCCGAGAUGGAAAUGAUGAAGAUGAUCGGCAAACACAAGAACAUCAUCAACCUGCUGGGAGCCUGCACACAAGAUGGUCCUCUGUACGUGGUUGUGGAAUAUGCAUCACAGGGAAAUUUGAGGGACUACCUCCGAGCCCGUAGACCGCCUGGACUGGAGUACUGGAGUGGCUCCAGGCAGGCUUCCCUGGGCAGCAUGGAGAUCAUGGACCUUGUGUCUGCUGCCUAUCAGGUUGCGAGAGGAAUGGCAUAUCUGGCUACAAAUAAGUGUAUUCACAGGGACCUCGCAGCCAGGAAUGUUCUGGUAGCAGAUGAUCACGUGAUGAAGAUCGCUGACUUCGGUCUGGCUCGAGACAUCCACCACAUCGACUAUUACAAAAAGAUGACAAAUGGUCGCUUGCCUGUGAAGUGGAUGGCCCCUGAAGCUUUAUUUGACCGCAUCUAUACACAUCAAAGUGAUGUGUGGUCAUUUGGAGUCUUGCUGUGGGAAAUCUUCACCCUCGGUGGGUCUCCGUACCCUGGGAUCCCUGUGGAGGAACUCUUCAAGCUGCUAAAGGAGGGACAUCGCAUGGAAAAGCCUUCUGCAUGCACACAGGAGCUGUACCUGAUGAUGAGAGAGUGCUGGCACGCCGUCGCGUCUCGCAGACCUACCUUCAGUCAGCUGGUGGAGGACUUGGACCGCACACUUUCCCUCAUGGCUAACCAGGAGUACUUGGACUUGGCUGUCCCUCUGAUCCAGUACUCUCUAGUCACCUCCGAUCCCUACAGCCCCUCAGACCAUCAUGGGGCCGUCCCUUCUGGAUCGUGUUAAUCCUGUUUGCUGCACAGUGUCGGGCAGCAGCAGUCUUCAGAGGACCGUGGACAAACGGUUGUCCUGGACCAGACUCUGAACCCUCAGUGAGACCUCAGCAACUCACAAACACGUCGUCUGAAGUCUGAGUCCAACCCCUGAGAGGACUCCCAGACGUUGGUGUCUGUUUUAUUUUCUCUCUGUGCUUUUUGUCUGUGAUGUUUCUGUGUAAAUAUUGUAAGUGAUUAUGCAGAAGGUCAGACUGGAUUUCUGAGGCUCACUCUGAAGAUCUUGUCACGCUGACAGAUUGAGUAAACUGAUUAGAAUCAGGUUGAAA